GCCACCGCGUCCCCCGAUCACGGUAAAUAAUAUGAAAAUUUUUCUCAACUUUAUCUUCAGAUCUUGGUGUAAACGAUCAGUCAGAGCAAUGUCUGAUUUACCGUUCAACGUUGCUGCCGUGUCUGUGUUAACAGCCGCGUACAUCGUUAUAUUCCCAGUGGCGUUGAGCGCUAACAUUUUGCUCAUCUUCAUCAUUUUUAAAAGACCAACCAUGAAAACAACCAUCAACCAUUUGCUUGCAAACAUGGCUGCCGCCAAUCUUCUGGUAGCUGUGUUCAUCAUGCCGUACGCUGUACGGUAUCUGUUCGCUGCGGACGCAUGGUUUGGAGGGGUGCUCGGGCAGAUCUCCUGCAGGCUGGUCCACUUUGCCUAUGCCAUAUCCAUUGCGGGCUCCAUUCUGAGUCUGAUUGCGAUUUCACUGGACCAGUUCUACGCCAUUUUAUUUCCCAUGAAGAGGAUAGUGGUUAUAAGAAAUACCAGAUUUAUCACAAUGGCCAUUUGGAUAUCAUCUGUUAUUUUCAUGACACCAUACUUGGCCAUGUACGGGGUAAGAGAAAUGGCUGGUCAAAAGCAGUGCGUUUAUAUUGUUCUCGAUCGCAUUAUAAUGGAAAUCCACUUUUCUUUCAUGUUCGUUUUCUUGUACGCCUUUCCUCUUAUUCUCAUGGGGACAUUGUACAUUCUAAUUGGACGGAAGCUGUGGUUUCGAACUAUUCCAGGCAACAUCCAUAGUAUUCACAGACAGGCGGCUGAGCUGUCAAAACGUCGCGUCAUCCGCAUGCUCAUCAUCGUCAUAGCAACGUUUGCACUAUGUUGCCUUCCUGUUCACGUUUUUCACAUGUGCGCAGCUUUCAAACCAGUACUCACGAGAAACAUGGCUUCCUAUUGGUCGCUGCUGAUUGUGUUUAUUGGACAUACGAACAGCGCUCUGAAUCCUUGCCUGGAAAUUGCCUUAAACAGGAAGUUUAGAGGAGAAUUCUUUACACUCUUGGCAACUUGCAGAACAUUUUCGAUGUGGCGUUUUCGUAAGAGAAGUGAACGUCGAGGAUUCAGAGACUCUCAAAUAAACAUGCACAGAAUGGAAUCGGUUGAGAAUAUCAAAGAUCGAAUUGCAAUGCGGAGAGGAAGACUGUAUGAUCUAAGCAGUCAGGGGCAGACUUUACAUUCUUCUCCAAUUUCUCUGGUGCAGUUUUCUUUCUACAACAAUGUGGAAAUUGAAAGUUAAAAACCUUUAACCCCGUUUAGACCGGACGAAGGGGAGGUGAUAGAAUCCACUCACGAGGACUUGAACUGUUGACAAGUUCUUCAUUAAUUAAAAAAAAGAAAACGUCAAACUUUGUAUCUAUAUCUGAACAGUAUCCGGAAACAAUUUGAUAUCAAAUUUUAAGUAAAAAGCUGUUAAAGCUUUAUAUGUAAACUAAAGGUUACCAGGUCGUCGUUUUACACGGCAAAAUGUCCACACAAUUUGUUAUCGCGUAUCAUUCCUUGCAUACGGUGACUGCUCCCGCAGAACGAGCGCCAGUCCAAACCGAGCUGUCCUACCGAAACGACACGAUCAUAGUCUUUUUCUCCGCAGCUCACAAAAAUAGAUAAUGCUUGAGUUGCUUUGGACUCUUCUCAUACUUAAAUCAAGAAUUCUAGGUUUAAUUUGACGAGGAACAACAUACUUUUGUUCAAAAUAACCAAUUACCAACUGCCUCCUGCCUAACAACACUCGACGAGUGACGAGAAGUUGCCAGACGCGGGCGACACAUCUUUGGCACCAAAUUACAAGGUUCGGGACACAAAAUGUUUUACAUUUUUCACUUCUUACAGUCUGAGAUGAUUAUAGGAAUGUAUGUGUGCGAGCCACGAUUGUUUUUGGCAAAUGCGAAUUGCUUUCGACACUCACGUGAAUUGAAAGUUUCUGCAAAAGUAAGACGUAAAACUUCAGCAUUUUUUAUUCAAAAAAUGGUCCAAAGAGAUUUAACUAAUCACAGUUAGAAUUUCUUGUCGUACAAUUCAAGAGUCACUUUGCCAUCUGUACUUUUGGUUAUUACCAAGAACUGGGCACAAAAUUGCGGUGAUUCUUUCUUCUGUCCAACCCAAAAUGCAUGCGCACAAAAAAAAAAAAAAAAAAAAACUUGCCGACAAUGAAGAAGUGAAGCAAUUAAUACAGCCCGCCAUUUUCUUAUUUUUCAAUUUUUUUUUUAUAAAUUUCCUUAAUUAAUUUCAGUACAAAUUAGGCUGUCAUUACUACAGCAACAAUUACGUAAGUUAUUUGUAAUCGACUUUGAACCUGUCAUAUAAACAUGACAUUAUCUCAUAUAUAUAACGAAACGCAACAAAGGUAUACAAAAAUUACUAGAUGUACCAUUGCCAGGACACCUAUUGUUCUGUUAAUUAAUUCAGUUAGGUUACGGAUGCCACAAUUUGAAAAGAAGCAUAAGACAUGUUCACCUAUUUAGCCUGCCAGUGGGAUCUUCAAUUGCCACUUCUGAUCUCAGACUUUUGUUGCAUACAUCAUACAAGCAAUAGGAGUUAAACUUUGUUGAUUUUCCCAAACUUGAUCAUGCAAGACAGUUUUUAAACAAAAAUGGCGGAUCCAAGAUGGCGGAAAAUUCUGAAUUGUGCGACCUCAUUUUGGCUUCAUGUGAUCUUUUGAUUGACACGUGAUUAUCACUGAGGUAAACAACUUUGGAUGCUUUAAACAUCAUGUAAAUUAAAUGAGACAAUAGUUUUGGAGUACGUAGGGGGAGGGGGAAGGGCACAAAGAGCUACCCCGGCUCCAAAACCUUACCAAAGCCCUGACUAAACAGAAAAGUUCUUCUUGACCAGCCCUGUUGCUUAUUUCCUUAUUAUUAUUACCUACUUAGAGUUCUCCUACCGUUGUAGCAAUAUUUUGAGAUUUCUUCCAUUUGAAGGCUAUUGCGUACAGCGAAACAAGUGACUUAGCACUUACACAAAGAGACAUACAGCUCUUUUAUAAAGUUGUACGUUCUCCAAGAACUUAUCUGCAAACAUUGGCCUGUCUUAAAAGCACAACCAUUGCCUGUCAUAUGUUGAAAAAAUUAAAUAAUACAAGCAGUAUUUCAUAACUAUAGGAUCUAAAUCUUUGUGGAGUUAAAUAUUACAAAAAAAAGUUUGAAAAAAA